AAUAAAGAUUAUAUAUAUUCAACGGCAGCUCGAUAAUCGAUAAUUCCCAUAAAAACACUCAUUGAUUCCACUUUUCUGUAUUUAUUUCGAUUCAUUCUUCAAAUUCAAAUAUACGUUGGAAAAUUUCUAUGGAAAUUGUGGUCUUUUUUAAGGAAAUUUCUCUAUUUUUUGGUUAGCUGUCAAAAUUCGAUUUAAAGAUUUUUAAAAUUCCAAGACUAUUUCUGGGCAAGAUUUAAGGUUAAGAAGUGCUAGCAUGUUGGAGCGACGUCGCAGAUCCCAGUUGAGAUUGGAACCAUUGGUUUCGGUGCCGGCAAGGACUACUAUGACGCGACGGACUCGACGUGUCACCUUCAACAUCGAAGCCAAUGGCCCAGUAUCUCCGAGGGGACCCAGACGAAGACGGAGGCGAGAGCUCCUAAAUCCGUAUGCCAUGCCCAUGCCAAUGAUGUACAAUCCCAUGCAGGCCGUAAAUCCCUGGGGUUUCAACUCCAAUCCGAAUAAUGUUGUAAAUGGAGGGAACUUCAUGGAUCGUUUAACGGCGGGUGAUUUUGAAGGAAAUUAUCCAUUUGGAGGUCUUGAUAGCUUUGAUAUGUAUUCUGGAGAAAGCUUUGAUCCUCCCCAAGAGCCACCAAUGAGGUCCUUUAAAAAAAACAGCGGCCAACAGGCCAUAGACGAUCUUAAAGAUAUUUUGUAUGGCUUGGAGACCCAUUUGGCAGCGGAGAAGCUAAGAAUUUCCGAAGAGAAUUCUGCCGAUAUGGAGUCCGAAAAGGAAGCUCGAGAAGAUCACAAACCUACCCAAGAUUCUCAGAUCUCGGUUCUCACCGAGUUCAUGUCCGAAACCGUCGAAAAGCUAAACAAUUACUUGGCCCAUCACUCUCAGGAGCAGGUUUUGCCCAAUAACCACAUGGACCGAAUGGUAGCACCUCCAGUGCUUCCUCCCAUGAUGCCACCUUACAUCCUUCAGCUGCCCAUUCAGCCUGUGAUAAUACACAACGCUGAUUUCUUAAAUUCCUCCAACCUCAACCAGUCCGCCUCUGACCUGGAACCCAGCUCUGUGAAAAGACCAUAUUUGGAGCGACUGCCCUGGUUGAGGAAACCAAGAAGACGUCCUCCAAAAACGACCGAUAAUGUCCGGACGCAGAAUAAGGGGAGCAGCACAGAUGACUUGGAUACCUUGCCAAAGAUUUUGGAGGCUACAAAAUCUAAAAAAAUGUGUAAUACCUUUGGAACCGCUUGUCAAACAUGUAGGGAUGAAGGGACCACCAUGUGGUGCCCAAUGGAAUGCUGCCGCAAGUGCUGCGGCGUGGUCAAGAGUCUGGAUGUUAUACCUAGUGUAAAGAAAAUGCUUCCUCCAAAUGACCCCCCCAAACAGGAUACGUUCAAUCCACCCCCAGUAGAGGCACCACCUCCUAGUCAGCUAUCAUCCGAGGAGGAGGCUGAAGUAGAAUACCCCAUUAAAUCGAGUAAAAAAGCGUUAUAUCGGCCGGCCAGUGGAUCCAUCUACGUGGCUGGCACCCCACCAAAUUCCAGCCUUCUGACCACCUGUGACUGUCCGAGUGGAGGUGGAAAUCUGACCUACUCCUAUGUGGAGGAAGAGGAGGAGGAGCAUCAGGAAGAAAAUCGGUCAGAAGACUCUAUCGAUGAAGAUGAUUGGAGUAACAAUAGCCGUAAAGAGUUAUCCGAGUGGGAAAAGGAGCAACAAUACCAUUUGCAAAUGGAGAUGACUCGGAGAUCCCAGUUCACCAAGAAUAAACGAAUUCAGACCGAUCCGAGCAUAUCGGAUGACUCUAGCUCUGUGGAAAUUAUAGCCACCACCGAUAAAGCACUUAGUACCUCGGACAUAAAUAAUAUAGGCAGAGUCAAGAAGCCAGUGCUGAUCUUUAGUGUAUGCAAGAGAUCCUCGAUAAGAAGGCCAUAUCGGAUGAAAAGUGGACACCAAUCGAGAGCCAAUAAGGUGCAGUUUGAGAAAAUCCUUCAGACCGAGGGAGUUCAGGUUGGCCCUGAGAUGAGAUCCUUUGGCACAAAUCCGAUUAGACUACGAAGCAAAGAAUCAUCUUCAAAGAAGAACCAGAAUCCUCGAAAAAGUUCGACCAGUAGCGACUACACUCCCUUUCUGUUCAAGGAUAAUAAUACCAGAAAUCGAGGGCAGGAGGGAUCUAGAAAUCGAUCUUCAAGUCACAAGUCCAGGCUAGACUAUUCCACUUUUUGGCAGGAUGAGUAA